ACUCACCAUGGACUCGGAGCACGGACUUCAAAGGAGAGUUUCAGUCGUGGAAGAGACGCAGUCUCGCAAGGUUCCACAACGACUUUCGAUAUAUCCUCGCACCCAUCGCCAUGGGUUAUCAUCGAGCCAGUCUGCUCUUCGUACUCGUCGCUAUCGUCGCAGUGAUAAAUGCGGGUGACAUAAUGCGGAAGAGUAUUGUGUUCGACAAGAACACACCGAACGUGUUUUACUGCCCUCAGGACAAGCCAACGGGCUUUGAGAAAAUGAUCGUGAGGGCGACGCCGUUGAAGAAGCUCUGUCAGUUCGAGGGUGGACCAAUCCCGGAGGAUUACAAGAGCGAUUGUUACAACGACGUGGACGAGACUGAAUACGCGUGUAAAGAAAAGUACAGAAUCAUGAUGCGUCUUCAUCCUCCCGGCAGCGAUUCUCCGUUCAACGGGACUCGAUUGGUCAAGUUUGUGGGCAGCGAGAGGAAGGCUUUCGUAAAGCAGAAUCAAGUCUAAAUCGGAGGUCAAAGAAUGCGAAAAAAAACUGAAAAAAAGGAGAAAAAGAAACGGAGAAUAGUAAAAUUAUAUAACAACUUUGUAAAUAUAGAAUAACUGAAGCUUCGGUAGAGUUCCAUGCAAUUAAAACAUUAUCGAGAUAAAAAAAAAAACUAAAAAAUCCUUUCGUCGGUGUAAAUCUAAUUUGCAUUUUUAUUUGAUUACAUAUGCUGUAUAUCUGUACAAUAUAUGACAAAGCAAAGUAAUAUAUUAAUUCGAAAGUUCGAACAAUA